AAUAAAGCGAUGAAUGUAUGUAUAUGUAUGUAUGUAUGUCGAGGAAGUUAAAGUUUUGAGCAUCUACUAGCUCAUUCAUCAUACUGCAAAAGACUUAAUCCAGUCAAAUUUUUAUGCGCAUUUUUAUUUCUAUGUUGACAGGAAGUUGAUCAAACACUUGAACACAACAACAAGCAAAGAAUGUUGGAAGCCUUAACUGCAGCUGCCUCCCUUUCCUCGGCAACACGUAGGAUAUACCAGCAUUAUAAUUUUUUCGUUUCAGUUUGCCGUAACAAUAAAUAUCAUCUUUCAUUUUCUUUUAAAGCCUUGACUGCCUUAGUCAUUUCAUGUUUGGCGGCCCUUCCCCUCCAAAUUUCGAUGAUAGCAAUUGGAGCUAAAUAUAAAGACGAGUGCCCAGUGGAACCAUCGAUCCCGAUUUACUUGAUUGUGGCUGGAGCGGGUGGUCUUGUCGCCAACUGCUGUUCCUACGGCACACGAUAUCAGGAUGGAGCCGAAGGAGAGGAAAGAUGUGUAAACGCAAUACUGCAGCUAGUGGUGCAACCUUUCAUCUUCGCUUGUUUCGUCUACGGAAACGUGUUGAUUUAUAGAAACCGCCAGCCGAACUACGCAGAUCCAGAGAGCGCUUACUACUGUAACAAGACGUUGUACCUGUUUGCAUUCUGGGCUACCAACUCUUACUACAUUAUAUUUGUUCUGGUGCUGACCCGCGUCUGUGUUGUCGGCUUCAUCACGGUUAGGAUGAUUUGCUUCGCAAGAAAAGAAUAACAUUAUAGUUCUUUUUUUAAAGAAAAGUUUUCUUAAUAUAUGUGGCUGACUAAUAAUAUGUAGCUGACAAAUGAUUCAUUUACAUUCUGCUGACACUACCUAUAACGAAAAAUAUCUUGUAGAAUUGAAUGUUUUUAAAAUAAGAAUUUUAAGGUGAAU